AUGGACGCUGAGUUUCUCCGGCUGCUGGACUCGAUCCGAGGAGGGGAAAAGAUCCACACAUUCAGGUUCCUGGGAGUCCAUAUCUCUGAUGACCUCUCUUGGACAGACAACAUCACGGCUGUCAUAAAGAAGGCUCAGCAGCAGCUACACUUCCUGAGAGUCCUCAGGAAGAACAACCUGGACAGGAAGCUGCUGCUGGCCUUCUACAGCUCAUCCAUAGAGAACCUGCUGACGUUCUGUGUUUCCACCUGGUACAGGAAGCUGCUGUUGACCUUCUACAGCUCAUCCACAGAGAACCUGCUGACGUUCUGUGUUUCCACCUGGUACAGGAAGCUGCUGUUGACCUUCUACAGCUCAUCCACAGAGAACCUGCUGACGUUCUGUGUUUCCACCUGGUACAGGAAGCUGCUGCUGACCUUCUACAGCUCAUCCAUAGAGAACCUGCUGACGUUCUGUGUUUCCACCUGGUACAGGAAGCUGCUGUUGACCUUCUACAGCUCAUCCACAGAGAACCUGCUGACGUUCUGUGUUUCCACCUGGUACAGGAAGCUGCUGCUGACCUUCUACAGCUCAUCCACAGAGAACCUGCUGACGUUCUGUGUUUCCACCUGGUACAGGAGCUGCACUGAGGCAGACAGAGCGAGGCUUCAGAGGAUUGUUGGCUGUCCUCUCCCCUCCCUCAUGGACAUCUACUCCACCCGGUGCCUCAGCAGAGCUCAGAACAUCAUCGAGGACAGUUCACAUCCAGGUAAAUAGAGAGGAAGACAGGGAAGACCUGCAGUAGAGGGCCCUGAGCUGGAAUUGAACCUACACCUCAGACGCAGCCCUGUUUACGAGUCACCCUCUCAACCAGUUGAGAUACCUGGACACCUUUUUUCCACUUGUU